AUGUCGAACAAUAACGCUACUGUUGCUCUCCCUGGACACAGGAAUUGGGACGUGUGGUGGUCGCCUGAGAGCGGUUUCGACAACUUCCAGCUGGACAUUGUCGGAUUCCUUGCAGUAUUGGGCGAAAGCUCUGUCACGGCGAAUGCGCAGGUGGCAGCGCUCUCAAGGCUCUUCUAUCUCCCUCGUUUACUACCAGCACCCCAAGCGCUGCUUCGGACUUCUCGCCCUACGACUCUGAUACCAAGAGAGGCGAAAGUUACAGGCGUUCACUCUGGUAACGUCAAGGAUCACGUCCAUCACGUCGCAAAUGUACUACUCGGCGAGCCCAUGGAGAAAUACACCGUGCAGCACGUUACAAUACAGAAGAAAGUUCGAAACCCUGACCAUGUCCAGACCUCCAUCAGCGACAUUCUGUUUCGCGGGAUAUCGCGGAAAGCACGCGCAUCGACCGAUCAAACAGUGUUGCCAUCUCCAGUCAAGGCCAAAGCCACCGGUCCUCUAUUUUGGGUGACGAUGAUAGGCUUUUUUUCUGGAAGUUGUGAUCUUGUUCGCAUGCUCAAUCAUCUUUGGAGAUGGGAUGUCGCUCCUGGCCACCAUCCUGCUCGGAGGGCUGUCUACUGUUGUUGGUGUCUGCAACAAAUGGACGUUGGAAUUGUCCAAACUGCCCGACAAGGCGGCCGCGACAGGCGCGGGGGAUGCCGUGAUUCGUUAUCCCAAUGGUAG